AUGUCCUACCUAGACACCUCAGAGCUGCCGAUUGACCCCGAGCUAUUAUCUCUCGAUAACGCCAAUCAAGCCGCACAGGCCGAGGCGGACGAAGAGGAGGUGUACAAGGACGAUGAGGUCCCAGAAGAGGCUAGUGACCUGAGCUCGGGGUCCGAGAGCGCGUACGAGGAGGAAGAGGACCUGGACGCGCCGCUCAAGCGGGCAUCGGGCAAGCGGGGCCCGGGGAGACCGAGGAAGCAUCCGGUCGAUGAUGAAGAGAGGAUGCCGGCGAGGCGGAGGGGUAAGGCGAAGGCGAAGAAGGGGAAGGGGAAGGAUAGGGCUUGGCCAGAGGAUGAGGACGAUGCCCGCGCACAGCACAAGCCUACGCAUGAAGUGACCCAGCUUCUCGCCAAGUCCAACCUCGACUACAUUUCAGGCAAUUGCCAACAAGCCAUUGAUGGGUUUCUCGAAGUCAUCCGGCUCGACCCCUACAUCUACGGCGCCUGGAGCUCGCUGGGUACGCUCUAUGAGGAAGAAGGGAAUGCGGACGCGGCUCGUCAGAUGAAGUUCUGCGGCUUGCAUAUUGAGGGGGAUGCAGAGGGUUGGAGAGAUCUGGCCAUGUCGUACAAGGGCGCUGGGAAGUCUGAGGAGUGCCUGUACUGUCUGCGUAAGGCGCUAGUUAAGGACCCGCAAGAUAUCAUGGCGUUAUGGGAAAUUUCAGCGCAGUACAAAGCUAUAGGCAAGAUGAGCCGAGCUCUGGACGCGUACAAGAAGAUCCUGCGAUAUGAUUCCGACACCGCACACGACUUCGCCUUCCUCGCGGACCUUCAGCCAGCCAUCAUCGAGACCAAGCAGACCCGCUUUGGUGCCGACAUCCUCCGUACCGCUUUCGACUGGCAUAUACAAACCUUCACCGGUCCGGACGACACGUCCUCGUCGGAAUCUAGCAGCAUGACCUUGGAGAGCAUUCUCAAUCUCACAGACCUCCUGCUGGAGCUGGACGACCUGGAGGAUGCGGUCGUAACGAUCAGAAGGGGACAGCGGUGGUUGCAGGGCAGGGGCCAUCAGAAGCAGUGGGACUUCCUCGAGGAUGACAGGGAGUAUGAUGCGCAGGGAGUCGUCAGAGAGGAAGAGAAGGACCAGUUGCCGGAUGAGGAGCAGAUCAGUUUCCCGCUGGAUAUCAGUCUGAGGCAUCGGCUGGCAGUCAUCCGGCUCAAGCUAGGCAAUGAUAACGAGGCAAAGCUGCACGUGGAGGAGCUGCUUCAUCUUGACGUCGAGGCGUACAAGGAUAUGUUCAUCGAGCUCGGGAACGCCCUGAUGGUUCGAGAGCAGUGGGAAACGGCACUGGAGUGCUUUGGUAAAAUUCAGGAGAGCGAUGAUAUCGAUGACACACCCGACACAAUAUUGGCUAUCGGUCUGUGUCACUAUCAUAUGAAGAACAGUGCUCCGGCGCUGGAGGCUCUGCAAUGGGCCCUCGAAAUCGUUUCGGAUGUCCUCCGCAUCCGAGCGCAAGAAGCGGCCGGAUGGCGAGGUCGAGGCCCCAAUAUCGACCGGCCCCGUCAGACCAAGGCGGACAAGCAGGCGAGCCAGAAGCUCAACAAGAAGGUUCUGGAGGAACAGAUGCGCGAGCAGAUGCACGCGUUCUGGGAUGAUAUCCAGCAAGCGGAGGCGGCGCUGGAGGAAGGGGAACCGGGGGCGCUGGAUCGGUUCAUGUAUGCCGCGGGGACGAUGAUUGAGAAUUUCCGGCUGGCCAAGAGCAACUUUGGCAAGAACAGAGGUGUCUACCGAGUUUCGAAGCGAAAGUCUACGCGGCAAGAUCUCGCUUCCAAGGCCGCAGAAAUGCAAGAUCGCUUGGAGCGGACAUUGGGCUUCGACGACGACGCCCCUCGCGAGGAAGAAGAGGAACUCGGCGAUGAUGGCGAGAAAUACAAGGUCGUCCGGCAGACAGAGUUUUACGGCCUUGGGAACGAAGAUUGGCUUACCUUGGUCGUCAAGUACUGCUGCGUUCUGAUGGUAAAAAAUGAGGACGAGCUGGCGAUGGAGAUACUCGAGCAUGUCAUGUGGGCGGGUCUGUUCAAUAAUCGGCGAGCGGAAACUGCGCUGAGGUUGACCAUCGUUGCCUGCGCCAUGCGUACGAAAUCCUGGGCUGUCAUCACCGAUCACUGCAAGCGUCUCGCUCAGUCCCAUCAAUUCCGAGCGGAACCCUUCCUGCUCAUGCUGGGCUGCAUGGGCGGCGGCGGUGUCAAUGCACAUGCCGCUUGGCAGAGCCAUGCCCUCCAGAAGUUCAUCCAUCGCGAAUUACGACUAUACGACUACUCGGUCAAAGGGCAAAAGUUCCACUACUCAGUCUCGGCCCGACGGUGGGCGCAUGAAGUCAAGCUUGGACUGUCGGAUCGGCUGGGAGAUGAGGUGCCGGUGGACGAGGAUGACGACGAAGAGGAGGAAGAUCCGGAGGAAGGCGAGCGGCCGCGGAAGGGCAAGAAGGCGGUAGCGUGGCGGAGAGGUACGCGGAUCGCUAUCGAAAAGCCGACGGUAGCGAUGGAGGAUGAGGACGAGGACGUGGAGCCGGAAAGGGAAGAGACCCCAAUCUUUGCUCCUCUCGAUCCGGCGUUGAGCGAGGUACCUGUCCGUCCGACGAAGGGGUCGCCAGUGUGGAACUGGCUCCACGGAACUUGGAUGUUGACGAGUAAGAGUUAUCAGUCUGCUCUGUUUUACUUGAUGCGGGCGUACGAGUACGACCAGUACAAUCCCCUCCUCUGCUUCAACCUCGCCCAGGCCACUUUUGGUCGAGCGAUGAAUCGGCAGGCCGAUAAUCGGAACUACUUCAUCGGACAGGGAAUGGCAUUCUUGGCGCGGUAUCGAAAGCUCUCCAACAUGGACGAUCCGGUCGCGGCCGAAGAGGUCGAGUAUAACUUUGGCCGAGCAUUCCACAGUAUUGGCGUAUUGCACUUGGCGGUGAAGCAUUAUGAAAAGGUGUUGGCGUCGGUCGAGGCGCGAAUGGCGGAAUUUGACGAGAUCGAGGAUAGAGAUACUAUUCGGACUUCGUCCUUGGCGCUCGAAGCGGCACACAAUUUGAUGCUGCUGUACGGGACGAAUGGGUCUAUGCGACUAGUGCAGGAAAGGUCGAAAUGGCUCGCAAUCUGA